AUGGGCUCAAUGGGUGCCGGUGACUUUGAUUUGUCAAUGAUGUUUGCAUGUGGUGGACGUCUCACUCUCCCAAUAACUUCCUCUCUUUCCACUAUUACUCUGGAAAUUAGUGGAAAAGUACCCGAGUAUUAUUCACAAUUCCUCCGUUUACGAUUCUCAGGGAGUUAUAUUCAUAGUCCGGAUGGUCUUCCUCUUCAACUUUAUUAUAUUUUAUCGAUUCCUGCUGAAGAUCGAACAAUUAUGCUUCACAAAUCGGAAAUGUUGAAAGAAACCAAGAAUCCAGAAUGGGCCGCGUUCAGUGUCCCUCUAUUCCUGCUCAAUUAUUUCAAUGAGUCAUCGAUUCAAGUGUUCGUUUACAAUUACACACCGAAUCAUGACGAUCAGCUGGUUGGUCACUGUACAACUACACUGACACAGUUGCAGCAAGGAGUCGGUCAUUUCAAUUCGUAUAUGUUGAUGGAAGCGAAUGGAAAACGUAUUCACGAGAAGACGUGUGUGGAAUUGAAGGAAAUGGUGUUGGAGAAUGGACCAACUUUCUUUAAAAUGCUGGAUGAUAACGUCAAACUCCAGCUGAACACCGCCAUCGAUCUCACAGCUUCCAAUGGUAACCCAGUCAACGCUGGUUCCCUUCACUACAUUCACCCACAUCAUCCAUCUGCCUAUCUUGAAUCUCUUCUUCACACUACACCACCGCUACUCGGCUACCUUCCGAACCCACAAAACCCUUACAUUGGAGCUCUGGGAUUCGGAGCGAAAGUUCAGGGACCUGGAGGCGCUCUUCAGUUGUCUCAUUGCUUCUGUUUGAACGGUGCGCCAACAGAUCCACGUGUUGAAGGGCUGGCCGGAUUGAUCAGUGCCUAUAGAACCGCCACAAUGGGUGUACAGCCUUUCGCGCCCACGGAUUUUUCGGAAGUUAUAUAUUUUGUGUCAAAAUUUGCCAAAGCAGAAUCUCGUCGUCAUGUGGGUCUCUACUUCAUACUUUUGAUCUAUUCGGAUGGCGGACCCGCUAACGCAUUGAAUAUGAAACGAACGAUAGAUGCGGUCGUUGAUGCAUCUGCUCAUCCGAUGAGUAUAGUUGCUGUCGGAGUUGGACAAGAUCGAGAUCACAGUCCGAUGAGAAAUCUGGAGAAAUUGACACUGAAACACUCGGAUGGACGGCUCCUUGUCCGUCAGAACUACACAUUUGUGGAGGCUUCUGAACUGGAAUCUUCUGAUGCGUUGGCUAUGAUACCCGUUCAGAUGACUCAAUGGAAACGAAUGUUUCAUUUUAAUCCUCAAUAA